CGGGCUCGGCCGGCCCCCCGCGCCCAGGCGCUGCUCCCUGCUGACUGGGGUGUGGGCGGGGAGCGGCGGAGGGAGGAGGAGGCGCUGCCGGCUGCCGCCGUUGCCUCCGCUGCUGGGCGCCUGGGCAGCUCCCCGGGUUUCCUGCGGGCCGCCAUGGACGAGCAGGCGGGUCCCGGCGUCUUUUUCAGCAACAACCACCCGGGAGCCGGCGGUGCCAAGGGGCUCGGGCCUCUGGCAGAGGCUGCCGCGGCCGGCGACGGGGCGGCUGCGGCGGGGGCGGCUCGAGCCCAGUACAGCCUCCCGGGGAUCCUGCACUUCCUGCAGCACGAGUGGGCCCGCUUCGAGGUGGAGAGAGCCCAGUGGGAGGUGGAGCGGGCGGAGCUGCAGGCCCAGAUUGCCUUUCUUCAGGGAGAAAGGAAAGGCCAAGAAAAUCUGAAGAAAGACCUGGUGAGGCGGAUCAAAAUGCUGGAGUACGCACUGAAGCAGGAAAGAGCCAAAUACCACAAGUUGAAAUAUGGGACAGAAUUGAAUCAGGGAGAUAUGAAGCCACCAAGCUAUGAUUCUGAUGAAGGUAAUGAAACAGAGGUGCAGCCACAACAGAAUAGCCAGUUAAUGUGGAAACAAGGUCGGCAGCUACUCAGACAGUAUCUACAGGAGGUGGGCUACACAGACACUAUCCUAGAUGUGAAAUCGAAACGAGUGCGAGCUUUGUUGGGCUUUUCAAGUGAUGUCACUGACAGGGAAGAUGACAAAAAUCAGGACUCCGUUAUAAAUGGUACAGAGGCUGAAGUUAAAGAGACAGCAAUGAUUGGAAAACCCGAGUUAACAGAUUCUGCCUCUGUACUGGAUAAUUUCAAAUUCCUUGAAAAUGCAGCUGCAGAUUUCAGUGAUGAAGAUGAAGAUGAUGACAUUGAUGGUAGAGAGAAGAGUGUCAUUGAUACUUCAACGAUUGUUAGGAAAAAACCAUUGCCCGAUAGUAGUGAAGACCGAGACACAAAAGAAGCUCUAAAGGAGUUUGACUUCUUGGUUACGUCCGAGGAAGGAGACGGAGACUCCAGAAGCGCGGGAGAUGGAACUGACUGGGAAAAGGAAGACCAGUGUCUUAUGCCUGAAGCCUGGAAUGUGGACCAGGGAGUAAUUACCAAACUCAAGGAACAGUACAAAAAGGAGAGAAAGGGGAAAAAAGGGGUAAAGAGAAAAACUACCGAAGAUCUGUUUCAGCCUCUAUCCUAUAUAAAACAGUCAAAACAGGGAUGUGGGAGAAUGAAGAAUCGAAGCCCAGGGCCCAAUAGGUCAAAACUACAAGAUAUGCUUGCUAAUUUGAGAGAUGUUGAUGAACUUCCUUCAUUGCAGCCAUCUGUGGGUUCACCUUCCAGACCUAGUAGCUCCAGACUUCCUGAACACGAAAUUAAUAGGGCAGAUGAAGUGGAAGCAUUAACAUUUCCUCCUUCUUCUGGAAAAUCAUUCAUCAUGGGAGCCGAUGAAGCCCUUGAAAGUGAACUGGGACUUGGAGAAUUAGCAGGCCUUACAGUGGCCAAUGAAGCCGAUUCACUAACUUAUGAUAUAGCAAACAAUAAAGAUGCAUUGAGGAAAACAUGGAAUCCCAAGUUUACAUUAAGAAGUCACUUUGAUGGCAUCCGAGCCCUUGCUUUCCACCCUAUCGAACCUGUUUUGAUAACAGCAUCAGAGGAUCACACGUUAAAAAUGUGGAAUUUACAGAAAACAGCCCCAGCCAAAAAGAGCACUUCUCUAGAUGUAGAGCCUAUCUAUACAUUUAGGGCUCAUAGAGGUCCAGUUCUUUGUGUUGUUAUGAGCAGCAAUGGUGAGCAGUGUUACAGUGGUGGUUCUGAUGGACUAAUCCAGGGCUGGAAUACCACUAAUCCCAACAUUGACCCCUAUGAUUCAUAUGAUCCUUCUGUUUUAAGAGCGCCUCUGUUGGGCCACACGGAUGCAGUGUGGGGUUUGGCCUACAGUGCAGCGCACCAGCGUUUGUUGUCCUGUUCAGCAGAUGGCACUCUGAGGUUGUGGAAUACAGCUGAGGCGGCUCCAGCAUUGAGUGUAUUUAAUGAUAAUCAAGAAUUGGGAAUCCCUGCUUCUGUGGAUCUAGUAAGCAGUGACCCAAGUCUUAUGGUAGCAUCAUUCAGCAAAGGGUACACCAGCAUCUUUAACAUGGAAACACAACAACGCAUUCUUACUUUAGAGUCCAGUCCAGAUACAACAGCUAACUCUUCCUGCCAGAUCAAUAGAGUCAUCAGUCAUCCUACUCUGCCGAUCAGCAUCACUGCUCACGAAGAUAGACACAUCAAAUUCUAUGAUAACAAUACAGGCAAACUGAUCCACUCAAUGGUAGCUCACCUAGAAGCUGUUACAAGUUUAGCAGUUGAUCCUAAUGGCCUGUACUUGAUGUCUGGCAGUCAUGACUGCUCAAUACGGUUGUGGAAUCUGGAAAGUAAGACGUGUAUUCAAGAGUUCACAGCUCAUCGGAAAAAGUUUGAAGAAUCGAUUCAUGAUGUUGCUUUCCACCCAUCCAAAUGCUACAUUGCCAGUGCUGGAGCUGAUGCAUUGGCUAAAGUCUUUGUAUGACACAUUGCAUCGUUUUCAUCAUGUAGCUCUUUAUAAAUAAUUGACUAACUGCACAAAAGAGAUACAGAAGACCAGGGCAAGAAUCAGCUCAGCUUGCCCUUUUGUUCUACUGAAGGAGCACAGAGAACAUUUGUUAAAAGCAUAGUUUCGCAAUUCGUAUACUGUUUUCUAAAAUUAAAGUUUGUCCAGGUUGCUGCAA